GCCUCUCCCUUCCAAAGCUACCAAUCAAAGCUCCAAAUCUCCCAACAAGCCUUCAUUCUCUCUCCUCCCCUUCUGAAUUCGGCGUCACAGAACCAGCGCCACAAAUCCCUCCGUUCUAACUGAUAAUUCAACCGUUUCUUUCAAAGAGGCAUCUCAUCUUCACUCUUCGCUGCUUUUACUUCCAGCCUUAAUUCUUUAAAUCUUAGAGAAUGAAUAAUUGAGCAACAACAUCCAUAAAACAGAAGAAGAGAAAUUCUUAGCCACAGUAACUGUGUGGAGAUACUUUUGUCAUGGGUGAGCGGGAGAGACACAGAAUCUUAAUGGUGUCUGAUUUUUUCUAUCCCAAUUUUGGUGGUGUAGAGAAUCACAUUUAUUACUUAUCUCAAUGCUUGAUGAAGCUGGGUCAUAAGGUGGUGAUUAUGACUCAUGCUUAUAAGAACCGAUCCGGGGUGAGAUAUAUGACAGGAGGAUUGAAAGUUUACUAUGUACCCUGGAAGCCCUUUCUUAUGCAGAAUACAAUACCAACCUUUUAUGGUACACUUCCUAUCGUAAGGACUAUUCUCAUCAGGGAAGAUGUGUCAUUGGUUCAUGGACAUCAAGCCUUCUCUACUCUUUGCCAUGAAGCUCUGAUGCAUGCACGUACCAUGGGAUACAAAGUUGUAUUCACUGAUCAUUCCCUUUAUGGGUUUGCUGAUGUAGGAAGCAUUCACAUGAACAAGGUACUGCAGUUUACUCUAGCUGAUGUAACUCAGGCUAUUUGUGUUUCUCACACAAGCAAAGAGAACACAGUAUUAAGAUCAGGGUUGCCACCAGAAAAAGUUUUCGUCAUUCCUAAUGCUGUGGAUACCGCCAUGUUCAAGCCUGCUCCAGAAAAACUCAGCCGGGAGGAAAUUACUAUAGUUGUGAUAAGUAGAUUAGUUUAUAGGAAGGGGGCAGAUUUGCUUGUUGAGGUUAUCCCUGAAGUAUGCCAUUUACAUCCCAAUGUCCGCUUCAUUAUUGGAGGUGAUGGACCUAAACGAGUGCGCUUAGAAGAGAUGAGGGAAAAGCAUUCUCUCCAAGAUCGAGUUGAGAUGCUGGGAGCCGUGCCACAUGCUAAAGUACAAUCAGUACUGAUAACUGGCCAUAUUUUCUUGAAUAGCUCUUUAACAGAAGCAUUUUGUAUAGCUAUACUAGAAGCUGCAAGUUGUGGAUUGUUGACAGUCAGUACACGUGUCGGAGGAGUUCCAGAAGUUCUUCCAGAUGAUAUGAUUGUUCUUGCUGAGCCAGAUCCUAGUGAUAUGGUACGAGCAAUCACAAAGGCAAUCUGCAUGCUUCCCAAAAUUGAUCCAAUUUUUAUGCACAACCGUAUGAAGAAACUGUAUAGCUGGCAUGAUGUUGCCAAGAGGACAGAGAUUGUGUAUGACCGUGCUCUAAAACACUCAAAUCCUCCUCUACUAGAACGACUGUCUAGAUACCUCACAUGUGGAGCUUGGGCAGGGAAACUGUUUUUCAUAGUCAUGUUAAUUGACUUCUUGUUAUGGUGUCUACUACGACUCUGGCAGCCUGACAGUGAGAUUGAAGUGGUGCCAGACAUUCCUUUGCUGAAACCGCAACAUGGAAAGAUGCCACAUGGUUCUAAUGAGGGGGAAAACAUUUCGAUGACAUACUCAGCUCAAUCUCGGUAAUGAAAAUUUUGCAUUUUUUAUUUAGAAAAUCGUGUAACUUGAGAAGAAUGUGUUGAAAGACUAACAUCAGGUAAAUGUAGUAUGGGACAAUGUGUGGCUGUAGUAAGGAUAUUCUAUUCCUCUGUUUUUUAGUAUAUGAUUUUCAGUCAUGUUUGGAUGGUGAUUACAUUGUGGAUUUUUAGUAUGAUUUAGAGUCAGUGAAAUACUAAAAUCAUUACAAAAAAUGUUUAAAAUGUGAUGAUCUUGAGCCAUUUGUUGCAUUUU